AUGCCUGUCCAGAUGGUCUCUCGAUUCCGAGUAAAGAAGCUUUCACCCAAGCACCCUCUUCCUAUCUACAAAGAGUCUCAACUACCAGACCUUGUAGACCCUACAAACCAAAUUCAACGCUCUGUGCCGCAAAUAGAGACCGGUGUAGAAAAGGAGGAGGAAGAAGAGCAUGACUUGCAAGCGGCUAUUUCUGCACAUCAAGCGGCUGUUACAACAGGCGCCAAAGUAGAAAGCUACAUUCCUAUUCCUGACGCCUCCAACACAAUUGACCUAAAAGAAUACGAGUCUUUGUAUAAGAAAAAAUAUAAAGAGCCUUCAACCUUGAUUCGCUUUUCUUCUACUGUAGAAGACACAAUUGGCUGUCCAUAUUUUAUGGAUGAAAUUGAUGAAUCUUUUCUAAAUAAAUAUAAUGCAGACCAUCCAACUCUAUCAGAAGAUGAUUUUGAAAAAAUAAUGUAUGAAUUUGAAUCUACCACAAAAGAGAAACUAUCACACAUUCAUUUAGAUCCUGCUCAUAUCCCUGAAUUCCAUGAAUUUAUGGAACUAGUACCAGAAUCUUCUUUUCUACAUGGUAGAGCUUCUAUCAUGAUAGAACCCAUCUUUGCUCAUUGGAAGAAGCGUAAACAAGAACGUCAUGGCCAUAGCAUCAUCCCAGAACUCAAGUACGAAGAACUAGUCAAGAACGAAAUGGAUCCUUAUGUCUGUUUCCGUCGCCGUGAAACAAAGCCUGUUAGAAAGACAAGACGUACAGAUCAACAAUCGUUGGAGCGUCUUCGCAAGUUGCGCUCUGAAAUGGAAAUGGCCCGUAACUUGUUAGAGAUGGUACUACGCAGAGAAAAGAUUCGCAAGGAAGGCAUGGUACUUGAUCACACUGUGUUUGACAAGAAGUGUAAACUGCGUGAAUACCAAAGAAUCCUGGGUAUCAAAGAAGACGAGGACUUGUUAUUGCCUUCUAAAAAGAAGAGAAAGACAUCCAUUGGAUCAGGUGCUACCAUCAAAAUUCGCCUUAAGAAAGAUGAUGGUCGUAUUGAAAAGUCUCCUGGUCAGUUGGCUAUUGAAGCAGAACUAGCACGCAAGAAACAACUCGAUGCACCUUAUGAAGAUCUGACGGAUUGUUCAUACCAACCUUUUCCUGCUCCUUUAUCAUCACAAUUCUUUCAGACCUUUUCGAAUGGUAUUCGAUACAGAAAACGUGUGGGUCGUGGUGGACGUAUCUUCAUUGAUCGUACAGGUUAUCGCAAGCCAUCCAUGACAGGAGGCAAAACAAAGCCUGGAGAAACCAGUACCAUGAAUCUAUAUCGAUUCGACAAUGACCCAAGUGAUGAAGAAUCCGAUAUUGCAAUAGAUGAAAUGCAAGACAGGACUCAACUUCUAUCCGAGAUGGAACUCCGAAGCCUUGUUACCAUUCCUUUCUUGACGCCUAUGAAUAUGAUCAAUAUUCAGGCUGCAAGAAAUCAAGCUGCUGCUGCCACUGCUGCUAAUGUGAAUGCUACUUCUAACACAUCUUCUGCUUCUGCUGUCACUGCUUCUUCUCAACGGUUAUCGAUUGCCACAGGUGGUGUUAAUUUGACAGACACAAAUCGACCUGCUUCCCCUAAUACAACAGGACAUCCAUUAAAAAGGCAAGCCAGCCGAUCUCGUAUGACACCUCAACAAGCCGCUGUUGCUAUGGCUAAUGGUAUGAUUGCUGCUAAUAUGGCCGCUGCAGUCAAUGGCUCGUCCAAUCAAAAUCGAACUGCAGUUCAAAUGGCUCUUGCUGCUGCUCAACAACAACAACAACAACAACAACAACAGCAACAACAACAACAACAACAACAACAAAGAAAUCUAAAUGGUAUCAUGUAA